AUGGCGAGACCCCAAGAUACGGCUUUGGCCCGAUUCUAUGGCCUCUCUAAGGUGCACAAAGACGGCGCUCCUCUCCGACCCAUCGUGUCGCUCAAAGGGACUCCAACGUACGGACUGGCUAAAUGGCUGUUCCGGCGUCUCAAGUUCCUGACCGCUGAGUCAGACACCACGGUCUCUACGUCAGCACAAUUCCUGGAGAAACUCAAAGGGGUAAGCCUCCAUCCAAAUGAGGUCAUGGUAUCUUCUGAUGUCACGUCCAACUUCACUUCCAUUCCCCAUUAUAUGGCAAUCGACACAAUCGAGCGGCUUCUACAAAGCAAAUACGAUGAAACGGAGAAUCGUCUUAAACACGCCCAGAUCCUUCAGCUCCUGAAGUUCUGUCUCAGGACCCACUUCACGUUCGACGGGACAAUCUACGAACAGGUGAAGGACACACCAAUGGGUUUGCCGAUUUCGGGGUUCAACGCCGAGGCGGUCCUGCAGCGGUUAGAGUCGCUGGUCUUCCAACACCACAAGCCGAAGUUCGGGGACCGGUAUGUGGAUGAUACCUUUGUCGUCAUCGAACGGGAUCAACUGCUGACAUUCAAAGAACGUCUGAAUUCGGUGUUCCAGGACAUGCAAUUUACGAUGGAGGAGGAAGAGAACAGCCAGCUGAUCUUCCUGGAUUUCUUCGUAUGCCGCUAA